AUGUAUCCACAAUUGAUAGCACUGAGAUUAUGCCUGAUAUCCAAUUAAUUGAAAACAUGAAACUUAGUGAAAACACGGGUAUAAUAGAUAAUAUGUUGAACGAAUUUGUUGAGGAGGAUCAAGUUUAUAAAGAUAAAGAGACAGUUAUAAAUGUGAUGAAAAACUUGGUUGUACGCGAGAGGUUCCAAUUCAAGGUGAAGAGAUCAAGUGCAACAAGUUAUGGUGAAAGUUACUUAACACAACGUCAAGCUACUUCGGGUGUAAUUGCUAGUAUAGUCAAGGACAAGUAUAUUAAUCCAAAAAAAGUUUACACCGCAAAUGAUAUAAUAAAGGACAUACAAAAGCAACACGGGAUUGAAGUGAGCUACAUGAAAGCAUGGAGAGCUAAAGAGAUAGCAAUGGCAAUGAUAAGAGGGAGUCCGAGUGAUUCAUAUAAGGAGUUGCCAAAGUAUUUUUAUAUGUUGGAGCAUACAAAUCCAGGAACGGUUACAAAGUUGCACAAAUCAGAAGAUGGAUGUUUUCUUUAUGCAUAUGUUUCGCUAUAUGCAUCUAUCGAGGGCUGGGAGCAUUGCAGAUCAAUAAUGGUUGUUGACGGAAGUUUCCUUAAAGCAGCAUAUAAGGGUACCAUAUUGAUUGCUUGCACGCAGGAUGGAGCUGGAAAAAUCCUUCCACUUGCAUAUGCAAUUGUAGAUUCAGAGAAUAACAAAUCUUGGGAGUGGUUCUUUGUCCAGAUAAAGGGUACUUUUGGUGUUAGGGAAGGGAUGUGUAUAGUUUCAGCUAGAAACGAAAGCAUCUUCAAUGCCACAAAAGCUGUGUUCCCAGAAGUACCACAUUGUAUUUGCACGUUUCACUUGUGGAAGAAUGUAAAGCGCACAUUCAAGAAACAUCAUAAACAAUUGAAGGAUAUCUUCUUUGCUUUGGCUAGAGCUUACACGAUAGAGAAGUUUGAGUACCAUAUGACAGAGAUGUGCAAAAUUGAUCCGAGGGUACAGCCUUACUUGUUCGAAAUUGGCUACGAAAGGUGGUCUAGGGCAUAUUCCAAAGUGAAAAGGUCGAUGGUAAUGACUUCCAAUAUUGCAGAGUCAAUUAAUGCAGCAAACAAAGAUGCUAGAGAGUUACAAGUAAUGCGAUUGCUGGAGUACAUGACAAAUUUGCUACAACAGUGA